AUGACACCUGAUGAUUGGCAUGUGCUCGGGACUCUUUACGACAUUUUGCUUGACUUCCAGCUGGUUGUGAGAGGCCUUGAGGGUGAUGGGCAGGGAAAACACCGGAGAAAGGUCGAGGAAAACGAGAUCGACCCUCCACUGUCUGGAACAAGCUGGGAUAUUAUCCACGCGUAUGAAUUUCUCCUCGAAACCCUCGAAUCCGCGAAAAGAGCAGUCGCCAAUUUUCCGGACGGCCAUCACCUCGCUGUCAACAUCAACCUGGGUUGGCUCAAAUUGAACGAAUACUACGAGCAUCUAAACGAUAGCCCCCUGAUCUAUGGCGCCGCAGUUCUUCAUCCUGCCUACCGGUGGGCACUGUUUGACGAUUUGUGGGGAGACGACGACGAAAGACAGUUGUGGAUUGCCAAGGCGAAGGAGAUGGUCCAGGAUCUCUGGGAGAGAGAGUAUAGGGACCUGGAGGUCGAUGAGCCAGAGAUUGAGUUGCCUGCCAAUAAGCGGCUGAAGACCUCAAGAAACAAGUUCACAGCGUGGCGCACAAAGAAGCGAGGACUGACGGCUGGGGGGGUUUCUGUUACCGAGUCGCCAAUUCAAUCCCCAGCUCAAUCCCCUAGGUCCUCAGUUGGCGGUCUGGAUCUUGAUGAAUACGAGCAGUGGCAGCGUGAUAUCGAGGAUGCUGAUGCUUCUGUCACAGAUCCCUACGAAUACUGGCACAAAAGGCGGCUUAAAUACCCCCGGUUGUCUAGGAUGGCCUUGGAUCUGCUUACUGUGCCACCGAUGUCAGCCGAGUGUGAGAGGCUAUUCUCGACCACUGGCCGCAUGGUUACCAAGAGCCGCAAUAGGCUAGAUGCCAGUACAAUUGGGCUUUGUCAGACACUACGGAGUUGGUUGCGUGCCGGUUUGAUCGGGUCGCUAGAUAAGAUUCUAAUGGACGAGUGA